AUGGGUCUCGGCAUCCUCGAGGAUCAUAAGCUGGAGCACGUCCCUGGAACGGCAAACGUACUCGAAGAUGAACGAAGGAGGCAAGAAGAGCAAGGGCAAGCUCGCGAUGCGGGUCUGAAGUACGAUAAAACGGGGAAGAUACUGCUCGUCCCUCAGCCUUCCGAUGAUCCUAAUGAUCCUCUGAACUGGCCACUAUGGCAACGCGACCUCAUCGUAUGCAUUCUCUCCCUCAUCUCGGUGAUCGCAGCAACUCUCUCCCCUCUGCUCGCCGCAGACACCGUAUCCCUCGCCAUCUACUUCCAACGCUCAUUUACGGACAUGGCUCUACUCACGGGCUACCACCUCCUCGGCGUCGGCCUUGCAGGCUUUCUCUUCGUGCCAUCAGCGAGGAUUUGGGGGAAACGGCACGUAUUUCUCAUAGGAGCCGUGACCGUCAUACAUAGCAGUGCUUGGGGUGGCGCCAAUGGCAAAAAUUACAAGGUUCUCCUAUGGGCACGUAUUAUCCAAGGUGUAGGACUUGCACCGUUUGAAGCACUCGUCAAUGCUUCUGUGGGGGACCUCUAUUUCGUGCACGAGAGGGGUCUGAGGAUGGCACUCAGUAAUCUUGCCUUGUUCGGUGGCGCGUUUUUCACUCCAGUUCUUGUGGGCAAAAUCGCCGCGGAGAUCGGGUAUGAGUGGACGUUCUACUUCGUCGCGAUCUUCACGGCCAUGCUCUUCCCGUUGUUAUUCUUCUUCUGUCCUGAGACGACCUACAAAAGGGAGCAACGGUUCGAUAUCGACACAAUGGGAAACAUGGUGGAGCAGACGCCGCCGCCGGUGUCAAAAGAGAUAGCAGUGGAAUCUUCCGCGGAUACAUCAGGCGAGCUUGACAGAGCGGGGAGUGGGGCAAAUGCUGAGAGCACUGGGCAGCAGCCGCAUCUUCGAACCAAGGUCUCGUGGAAAAGGAGUCUUCUACCAUUCAAUGGCCGCCACACGGACGAACGUUAUCUACACCUUCUCCUUCGUCCUUUCCCACUCUUUUUCCAUCCUGGCAUUCUCUGGGCUUGCCUCAUUCAGGGCGCAUUGAUCGGAUGGACAGUAAUGAUCGGUGUUGUCUUAGCAGCUAUCAUGCUAGGACCUCCGCUUUGGUUUGGGGAGGAGAAAACCGGGUAUAUGUAUUCAGGUGCCUUCAUUGGAGCGCUCAUCGGCUUCAUUCUCUGCGGUCUCGUGUCAGACUGGUCGGCUAGGUUUCUCACGCGUCUCAACCACGGCGUCUACGAGCCAGAAUUCCGAAUGUUCCUUGUGCUCCCACAGCUCGUGUUGGGAUGUGCAGGCUUGUAUGGAUUCGGCUUUACGGGUGGUGACCCAUACAAGUAUGGAUGGUUCUGGCCCGACUUCUUUUUCGCGCUGGAGGUGGCAGGCAUGGUCUGCGGUGCUGUCGCGAGUGCUUUGUACAUCGUUGAUGCGCAUCGCGACAUGUCCGUCGAAGGCUUCACUUGUCUGCUCGUCUUCAAAAACAUUUUCUCUUUCGCUCUCACGUUCAAAGGCUUCGAGUGGAUCCAAAGAGGCAAAGUGAGGCCUGUGUUCACCGCUAUCGCAAGCGUUCAGGUUGGCAUCUGCAUGUUGACUAUCCCUAUGUAUAUUUUCGGCAAAAAGAGUCGCUCUUUCUUUCACCGGCACAACGUGUUCUUCAAAGUUACUGAUGCGAUUGCGGAUAAGAUUAUGAUGCCAUUAGACUGGAGUGUAAGAAAACUCCUGGGGCAUUGA